UGAAUGCUCCGGCUCUCUCUCGAUUGACUGCAGUAGUAGAAAAAUCGUCGUGCUGUGUGGGGCCAGAGGGAAGCGCGCGCACAAGCCACACACACGCAAAUACCGUCCAUUCGGUCUCACAUAGCGAGCAGUGAGUCGAAAAGCAUCACAAACUACAUAUCCGGCGGUGGAGACGCUGAGUUACCGUGAAUUUCCGAUUAAUAAGUUGGUUUAAUCAUUAUUGUGGUAACAUUGUCAUCGUGUUAACUGUUUAUUUUGUGUUCAAAUAAUUGAUAAUGUCAACAAAAUCGAGUAAAAAGACGGUUGCGGCGUCGUCGAGCGUCAGCUCGGUACAGUCGCCUCAGCCAAGUACCUCGACGCCUAUAGGCCGGCGUCCAGGAAGCCCACUCAGCCCUACGCGUUACUCACGUCUACAGGAGAAACAGGAUUUACAAAAUCUCAAUGAUCGCCUUGCCUGUUACAUCGAAAAAGUGCGCCACUUGGAGACGGAAAAUUCGAGGCUCACCAGGGAAGUACAGACAUCCCAGGAGGUUACGACGAGGGAGGUGUCUAAUAUCAAGUCUAUGUACGAGCAUGAGCUCUCUGAUGCUAGAAAAUUGCUCGACGAGACGGCCAGGGAAAGAGCUAAACUCGAAAUCGAUACCAAACGCCUCUGGGAUGACAACGAGGAUCUCAAGACCAAGUUGGAGAAGAAAACAAAGGAUCUUCAAGUUGCCGAGCGUAACGCAUCGAUCUACGAGACCCGCUCCAAUGAUCUCCAGUCCCAGUACAACCAGUCCCAAGCUGAACGCAAAAAGCUCCAGGAGCGUGAGCGCGAGCUGGAGAAAGAGGUGGAGAGACUGAAGGCACUGCUGGACGACGCUAGAAAACACCUUGAGGAGGAGACCCUCCAGCGUAUUGAUCUCGAGAACAACAUCCAGAGUCUCCGAGAGGACAUAAGUUUCAAGGAUCAAGUCUUCCAGCAGGAGUUGACUGAGACUCGCACACGUCGUCAAGUGGAAAUUUCGGAGAUCGACGGACGUCUUGCUGAGCAGUACGAGGCAAAACUCCAGCAGUCGCUUCAGGAGUUGCGUGAUCAGUACGAGGGACAGAUGCGAGCGAAUCGCGAGGAGAUCGAGCUCCUCUACGAGAACAAGAUCAAGAAUUUGACGUCUCACGCUCAGCGCAAUAGUGGCGCUGCGACUUUGGCUGUUGAGGAGCUCAGACAGACUAGAACUCGUAUUGAUGGUCUCAAUCAACGCAUCUCGGAGCUGGAGUCUGCCAAUAAUGCCCUCAAUGCACGCAUCAGGGACUUGGAGAACAUCAGGGAGAGUGAGCGUGCCCGACAUGCUGAGGGACUUGCUGCACUGGAGGCCGAGCUCAGCAGGAUGAGGGAUGAAAUGGCACAGCAGCUGCAGGAGUACCAGGACUUGAUGGACAUCAAGGUCGCUCUGGAUCUUGAAAUUGCAGCUUACAGGAAACUCCUGGAGUCGGAGGAGGCCAGGCUCAAUAUCACGCCAGUUCAGUCGCCUGCUGCAUCGGUCUCCACUGGCAGGAGCACUCCAUCCAGGCACACUCCUGUCAGGGGUGGAAAACGCAAGCGUACGCUUCUUGAGGAGAGCGAGGAGCGCAGCAGCAGUGACUACAGUGUCGUUGCUUCUGCCAGGAGUGAUGUGGAGAUCAACGAGGCCGAUCCACAGGGGAGAUUCGUUAAACUUACGAACAAGGGGAACAAGGAAAUUGUUCUGAGUGGAUGGCAAUUAAUUCGCAAAGCUGGGGCCGUGGAGACUGUGUUCAAAUUCCACAGGACUGCUAAGAUCGAGCCAGGGGCGAAUGUUCUGGUUUGGUCGUCAGACAUUGGAGCGACUCACGAGCCUCCAUCGAAUAUCGUGAUGAAGGGACAGAAAUGGUUUAUUGCUGAUAAUAUGACCACUACACUCUUGAAUAAUGAUGGAGAGGAAAUGGCAACGUCUGAACGAAAGAGGCAGCAAAUGACGACUUCAAUGUCUCGACACAGGGAAAACUUGGGGUUUCGAGGAUCUGAGGAUCUUCACCACCAACAGAGAAGAUUUCUCUUCUUCCAAUAAUCAGAGGGUCCACGACUCUGAUGGACGGCCCAUGGUGACCCCCAGGGUGAGGAACGUUGUCGCCUUAUGUAAGCCGUAAAAUUUGUUAAGUCCAAGAUUUAUAAAAUUCAAAAUACAGAAAGAGUUUUAAUUAAGCUUAUUAAGAUUAUCGGGGGCAUUUUAUGCUACGAGAAUUCGUUUAGAGGGUCAGAAUAAUCUAUCAUUUAAUAUGGAGGACAGAGAAUGAUUUUCAUUAAUCUGAAAGGUGAAAAGAAUAUUGAAAAUGAGGAUAAAACUCACGCUUGAUAGAUGCUAAUGAUUAGUCGUUAUAGUUGCAUUUGGUCUUCAUGAAAUUCCCUGUGAAUGAUUGAAUUAAUUUUUCUCUUCAUUCUCGUUAAAAAUAGCUUCCAGAUUAUUUUUUUGUUGGUGAAAAAUGAUGAGGAUGUAUCCUGAUUCACAUGAUUUUGUAUAACGUCUACCCAAUUAGCUCUCUUCAAUAAUGCACAAUCAAAAUUAAUUUAGAUAUGAAAAUACACAACGAUGGUGGAAAGAUAAUCACAAUAAUACAAUUGUAAUGUAUCUGCAUUUACCUGAGUUACGAUAAUAGUACACGACAAGAGACGAAAUAAUACGGACGAAUAUAAUGUUUUUUUUAUGUCAAACAAAUGCUUAUAACCCUUCUAUGGAUAAUUAUUAAUAAUAAAAUAAAAGUGAACAACUAAGUGGUUUAGGAGUUUAAUUUCUGGUGAGAAGAUGGAAGCAUUUUUUCACGUAGGUUUGUAUCGAGAGAAACUGCUGAUAAAAUGAUACAAAUUAUAUUUAUAUAAAAAUAUAUAGCAAUGUCUAUUCUGGAACAAGAUAAUUUGGACAUAAUGGUAAAUAAAAUAAUCGUGGACUCGUGAGUUCUUCUUGAGAGCUGCACCAACACAAUGAGUGCUGUUUCAUUUUGUUUUCUUAGUUUCGAAGAGGAAUAGAAAAAAUUGUUCUUUAUAUUUUACAGUAAUGAAAUGAUAUAUGUCUGUGUAAUUUUAUGCCCCAUUUAUUUUUCGACAUUGUAAGGGCAUGAAUUUAUUUGUAAGUUUUCAGAAAAAAAAUCUUGUGUGUAAUAAAAUAAAUAAAAAGAACAAAAACAA